AUGUCUAAGCCGAAUUUGGGUCAUGUCAAGGUGUUUAAUGUUAUGAAGACUUGUUUUGGCGGUUUUGAAGACGUGGGUGCAAGCAAAGUUGAAUUUAAGAACUAUAAGAGGAAAAUUAACUUAUACUCUAUGGUGUUUGUACCGUUCACUAGUAUAGACAAUCAUCACUGCAAUGUUACAUUUGCUGCAGCAUUGUUGGCGUCGGAAACUGCUGAUACGUAUAUUUGGUUGUUAAGAGUUUUUCUAAAAGCUAUUGGUUCUCAACCAAAAGUUGUUGUCACUGACCAAGAUCCAGCGAUGAAGAAGGUUAUUUCUGUUGUAUUUGUUGACACGAGGCAUCGGUUAUGCAUGUGGCAUGUGAUGCAUAAACUUUCUCUGAAGGUUGGUGUUAGGCUAUGUAAUUCCACCAAUUUUAAAGAACGUAUCUGUUAUAUUGUGUGGACGGAUAUUAUCACACCCGAAGAGUUUGAAUCAGAACGGGAAGCGGUUAUUGCAGAAUUCAAUUUAGAAGAUAAUGACUAG